AUGAGUCCUUUCUUAAAGGCAGCGGUCCGGGAGAAUAAGACCAAUUCGGCCGUCCAGCUAAAGCACAUUCCCACGGGUAUUGUCGUCAAGUGCCAGGAAACGAGAUCCCGCGAUCAGAACCGCAAACUUGCCAGGCAACAUCUGGCCGACAAGCUCGAUGACUUGCAGAAUGGCGAGAACAGUCGGUCUGCCGUUAUUGCCCGCAUCAAGUCGAGGAGAAAGGCUAGCGCGACUAAGAAGAGCAGACGAAAGCAUCGUCAGCUUGGAGAGGACGGCGACGAAGAUGGACCUGAAGGAGGAGUCCAAGCAGAGGAACUGCUAGAGACCCCUGAAGGUGACAUAGAGCACGGAGUCGGCACAGAGCACAAGGCUGGCUUGAAGAAGUAG